AUGCGAUUCCUAAGUGCCUUCAGUACCGGCUGGCUAAUUGCUCACGUUUCAGCCAUGAGUGUCCGCAAUGACCUACAAGCGCAUCACCAUCGAUCACAUCGCCACUCCUUGACUCAAAGAGAAGCUUGCUCUGGCAAUUCUGCUACGUCUCGUUCAACAUGGUGCGACUAUUCGAUAGAUACGGACUAUGCAACAAUUGUCCCUAACACGGGAGUAACGCGAGAAUACUGGCUCGAUUUGACGGAAGUAACAGUUGCACCCGAUGGAGUUUCCCGGACCGCAAUGGCUGUGAACGGAACCAUCCCUGGACCAACGUUAUUUGCCGACUGGGGCGAUACAGUAAUUGUACAUGUCAAUAAUAGACUCGAGACGUCCCAGAAUGGAACUAGUAUCCAUUGGCACGGCCUCCGGCAAAAUGGUACAAACGACCAGGAUGGAGUCUCAUCUAUAACGCAAUGCCCCACUGCCCCGGGAAGCUCGAUGACAUACACAUGGCGAGCGACGCAGUAUGGGAGCACUUGGUAUCACUCACAUUUUGCACUUCAAGCUUGGCAAGGUAUCUUUGGUGGGCUCGUUAUCAACGGGCCAGCAACGGCAAACUAUGACGAGGAUUUGGGGAUGUUAUUUCUUAACGACUGGGAUCAUCAGACAGUCGAUGAGCUUUACAUGUCUGCUCAGACCAGUGGACCACCUACUCUCGAUAAUGCUUUGAUCAACGGCACAAAUAUCUUCGAAGAUGGCGGUCAUCAUAAUCACACAAUGACUGUGAUUGCGUCUGACUUGGUACCUAUUCAGCCGUACACUACGACAGUUUUGGAUAUUGGCAUGGGCCAACGUUACGAUAUUAUUGUCACAGCCAACCAAGCAUCUGUUGCUGAAAACUUUUGGAUGCGUGCCAUUCCUCAAUCGGCUUGCUCUGAUGUUGAAAAUGCGAACGAUGUCCGCGGUAUUGUUUAUUAUGGCUCUUCGGCCUCUACACCCUCUUCAUCAGCCUACGACUACACAGACAGCUGUGACGACGAAACAGACAACCUUAUUCCUUAUGUUGCGAAAACAGUUUCAGAACCAGAUAGUACCAAGGGCGAGAUUGCAACUGUUGGCUUCAAUAGCCAUGGUCUCUUCCGCUGGUACCUGAACUCUACCUCCAUGGUGACGAAUUGGGCAGAUCCGACGUUACUGCAGAUACUCGACGGAGAGUCUUCUUUUGCAGAAUCAAAUGCCGUAAUUGAGUUACCUAAUGCUGGAGAAUGGGUAUAUGUUAUAAUCGAGACUGCUCUACCUGUUCCGCAUCCUAUACACCUUCACGGACACGAUUUCUUUGUCUUGGCACAAGGAUCCGGUGCCUAUACCUCAGACAUAACCCUACAGCUUGACAAUCCCCCAAGGAGAGAUACAGCAAUGCUCCCUGCCUCUGGGUACCUUGCAUUGGCGUUCGAGAUCGAUAAUCCUGGGGCCUGGCUGAUGCAUUGCCACAUAGGUUGGCACACCUCGGAGGGAUUCGCUUUGCAGUUUGUGGAACAAUACGACAAAAUUGAGAAUAUAACUCAUGCAGAUCAAGUGCAGCAAGGUUGUAGUAGCUGGGGAAGCUUCCAAAGCAGCGCCGGAAUUGUUCAAGACGAUUCUGGCGUUUAG